UUUCUCCCCUCUCCGGCUCCCGCAAGUGGUUCGGCCUCGGACAAUAUGGCUGCUGCGCUUCAGCCAGUGGGAAGAGUUUCCUUGCGAGCGCCUUGGAUCUCUGUGUGUCUCUGGGUGGCAGGCUCAAGCUCCACCUGCUGCCGCUGCCCUGUUGGAGCUAAAAGAUACCUGCUUACAGAUAAUGUUAUGAAAUUAAAGGAAUUUCAACAUAAGAAGGUGGCUGUUGCACAUAGUCUUCUUGGCACCAAAGAAACCUAUUUUAGACACUUGGAAGAGAAACUGACGCAGAACAAACUCAUUGAGAGGCAGGAGCUGAAGACUUUGCUUUAUUUGUGUCAGUCCCAGGAGGAUGUGGAGCUGGCUAAAAGUGUCAUUCACAGGUACCAUGCAGAGAAUAGAAAUUUCACUUUGGGGCAAUAUAAGUUUGGACCAAUUUUCAUGAGACUGUGUUAUGAGAUGAAUCUGGAGGAAUUUGCAGUGGAGCUCAUCAAAGACCAGCGUUUACAAGGUUUCUUCUCAGACUCCACGUCAUUCAACAUUUUGAUGGAUAUGUUAUUUAUCAAGGGUAAAUAUGAAACUGCAUUGGAAGUAGUACUAGAGAUGAAAAACCAGGAUGUGAAGUUCAACCAAGAUAGCUAUGUCCUUGCUUUUGCAAUUUGCUACAAGCUGAAUAGCCGAGAAUCUUUUAACAUCUGUACCACAUUAAGAGAAGAUGCCCACAUCAAAGGAGACAUUCUCUCCAGGAGAGCAUCGUGUUUUGCUGUUGCGUUAGCUCUGAAUCAGAAUGAAGUAGCCAAAGCUGCAUCCAUAUUUUCUCAAAUCAUGAAUCCAGAGAGCAUAACUUGUACUAAUUUAAACAUCAUGAUCCAUAUCCAGUCAAAUAUGCUGGAACCCCUAAUAGAGAUACUGCAAGAUGCUGCAGAAGGAAGUUUAUCCCGAUUUGUGAAACGAUACGAGUUCUCCGAGGAAGUGCUGGCCAAAGUGAGGGAAAAAGUGAAAGACGUGCCCACCCUUGAGGCCAAAUUUGAUGAGAUCUAUGAGAAACUGCACGUGCAUGGCUGGGUGACUUCUUACACUCUGGAUGCUCUUCUCUGCCACAUCCCCAGGGACAGUAAGUCUCAGACACCUCUGCUAAACAUGAGGAGAGUUAACCAGCAGACCUUGCAGCCCCUCAGCCAUUCCCUGUUGGCCGAGUAACCUUCCUCUGGGUCUGUGGGGCCUGCUUCAAGUGAACUAUUGACUUUUCUAAGAAAUUAGGCGUCUUGUUUCCUUCAGUGGAUGUCAUGCUAACAGUUGGUUUCUGCAUGUCCCAAGUUCAUUGAGUGGUGACAUGCUGAUCAGUGAAGUUUCUUCGUUGUGCUGCUGUGAAGAUCUGAAUGAAGCAAAGGAAGCUCAGCUCCCCCAAAGGCACUCAUCCUGCUGUGUCACUGUUGGGGAAGGAGUGUGAUAUGAGUCUUCAGUGCAGCUGAUAGCACCUGAAUAGGGUCCAAGAAGCACCCUCAGGAGUGAGGUACACCAGAAGUGUGGUCUUGCGUUUGCCAAGAGAGUAAUAAUACUCUCUGAUUUUAGGAACUCUGAAACCGUAUUCCUACCAUACUGGGAAUCAGCCAAGGAUUUUCUCCUUGCUCUGCCUUCAUUUAAUCCCCUGACCCUGAACAGGACACAUGAGCCUCCAGUUUUCCACCUGCAAGUAAUAGUGCCUAUACGUGUUGAAAUCUUCAUUGUAGGUUUACCACAGUCAAAUUUUCUCAAAAAUAAGAAAUAAAAGGGGUACGUGAGUAAA